UCCGGAGGUUGAAAACGGCGAUCGGGAAAGCUCGGCGCUCUUCUCCGCCCGCUGAGACGAGGCGAGGAGGAAGGGGGCGUAUAAAAGCCUGGCGGGCUUUCCCCUCCUCUUUUGCUCAGAGUCGUCUCGCGGCUUGGAGGCGGAGCCUUGGUUUGGAGCGCCUCUCGCCCGGCCGGCCAGUUCGGGAACCCAGCGGCGUCGCUGCCCCUCCGUGCUCCCGGCAAACGCCAUGGCCGUCUGGAGCGGCACCGAUUCCAGCACGGGAGGCUCGGCCCGGCCCAGCUUGACCUCGGUCUCCUCGGGGGAGCUGCAGAGCCUGCGGACGUGCAACUGCGAGUUGGCCCUUUUGCCGCUGCGGCAGCUGCUGCUCCUGCAGCCGAACUCCUUCCAGCUGCAGGGAGACACGGUGGCCGUGCUGAACCCGUCCAGCCGACGCCCCGGCGGGGGCUUCACGGUGAUCAGCGACGGCUCCCUUUACGUGGACGGGCAGCGCCUUUGCCGCCUCUCCGGCUACUUCAAGAGGCACGUAGAGCUCAACACCCACUAUGACUACAAAAACUAUCGGGAGACUAUACUGGGCCGUCCACUGGUAUUCUUCGUUAAUAUCCGGACAAAGUAUAAUUCUUCAAAAGAAAAAACAUAUGCUUUGCUUGUGAACACUCGGCACCCUAAAAUGAGAAGACAGAUAGAGAAUGGCAUGAACAACAUUAUAUCCUCUGUGUUUGGAGAAAGUUACAAACUUAAGUUUGAUUUUCAAGAUGCAGUAAAGAAAUUCUUUCCUUCAGGAACACAUCUGGUUAAUGGAGAGAACUUGAGCUUUUCCUAUGAGUUUAAAUCUGAUGCCUUAUUUGAUUUCUUUUAUUGGUUUGGGAUCAGCAAAAACACCAUCUCAGUGAAAGGCAAAGUUCUUAACUUGUCAAGUACCAAUACAGAGAAGAAGGAAAUGAUAACAAGAUUUCUGGAUAAAAUGAGUGAACCUAAUCUACGUUCAAACAGCUUUUCAGACAGAAAGUUCAGUGUUACUUCCAGAACUUCAGUAGAUGACGUGUUCAACAGCAGCUUGACACCACAGUCACCUUUCAUGGAGUCACCAUUCACAGUCUGGACAGUUUCAGCAAUUCAGGAGCCUGAAGACUGAUCAAAUACAGUGGUCAGGUUUGCAUAAGUGGAAAAGAUACAUUGGAUAAAGAAGGGGAUACACAAUGGUGGAACCAUCCUUAUUGAAGGAACACAAGGAGUUAUCAAAAGGACAUUUUGUUCUCUUUUGUGUGUUGCCUAAAAUAGAAGGCUUUUGCAUUGCAGCCAUUUCCUUUGCUUGAGGAGAAAUCUUCUCUGAUACUUGAAAUGGCACUUCCAGAGUUCACUCUCGGCAUUAAAAACUGUUUGUACAUGGUAGAGCUUUCUUGAGACAAGCUGUUCCACUUCCAUAUAGAUCCAAAGAAAUGAUUACAGUGGUUAAAAUACCAUUUUCCACGUUUUAAAGAGAUCCUUGAAACGGCAAGCAGUAACCAGUUAAUUUUAUCAUUGCUAGAAUGAUUAUUAUUGUGCCUGAUAACUGGCUUUAAAAACAAUUUGAAGUCCUUUAAUAGCCUUUAUGUUAAAGAAGUCAGUUCUAAUACUUAUUACAAGCUAAACUUACUGCAGUCUUUUAAACAGUGGGCACUGGUGGCUUGAAAGAACUGACUGUUUGGGCCCAAUCACUUUUAAAUGGUACUUCAAAAACUAGUUUGUUGCCUAAGUUUGUAGCUGUUCCCAGUCCUGGAAAUAUCUUUUGAACUGGAAUUCAGAAUGGGAUGAGAUUCUGAUCUGGGUUUGACUAAAUGUUUUCUGUGUUUCUUUCCCUCCCCUGUAAAAAUCAGUGUUCUGUGCUUCCUUUCGCCAAGGGGGAAAAAUUAGGUUGGUUGUCUGCAUCAAGAAAUCCCAGUUCCUGCCAGCAGAUGCCCAGUCUGGUGGUCUGCCUUCCCCCCUGCAUUCUCUGUGAAGUGAUGAUCAAUAAGUAAGCCAUUGAACUCUUGAUUCUGCAAAUCAUGCCUCUGCAAACAUAUGCCUUAUUCAACCAGUACUACUGUCUAGUUUGUACUGAUCUUGUUUUUCAACCCUAACCAUGGUCGCUCUUAAAUGUACUUUAAAAAAAAAAAAAACUCAUGGUAACAAAUAGCAUUUACUGUUAUUCUAGCAACUCCUCUUUUCACUCCUUUAUCAAUAUGAAAAAAAUUAUAUUUCAGGAGCUCAGUUGGGGGUGGUGAAAGAGGAAGUAUUUUAAAAUCAAAGUUGGCUUUAUGUUCUCCUAUUGGUUACCUUGACCACAUCAUUACAUGAUGCCAUCAUGUCAUCCAGGGUAAACAGUGCCACAGCAAGGCUAUCUAAUUGCCCACUCUUGUUAUUAUGGGAUUAAUGGUACCACUGUGUUUGGAAGCAAUGGUAAAAGCGGACAGAGAAGUGUGUAACUUGUGUAACUCAGCCUUAUUUGGCAUGGUGUGAGAUGUGGCAUUGUGGGCAGGGAUACAGCCACGGUAGCAAUGUCCCUGCCUUAGAAAAUGCCAAGGUUUUUUUGAGUUGUAUGUAGUACUUGGGCACUUUGCCUCCUUUCUUCCUAACUGCUUGGUGGUAGUAUCUACAAUACACAUAGUAUGGAUUUUUAGAAGUAGUAAAUUGCCCCUAACAUGCACAUCACUGUCUUUGCAAAGGCUCUGUUGUCCCAAGAGCUGACUCAUUUCCUUCUAUGACUAGACUUUGAAGAGUUGGCACUCAUUGGGGUGAUGGGGGGCACCCUGCGCAUGUAGAAGUGUCAUGCAUCUGGGAAUGAAUGUCCAAAGAGAAGGGAUAAUAACAUGAUUUGGAGCACAUUAAGUGCAGAGUAUAACUCUGAGAUUAAUGAUCUUUGAGUCUAAAGAAUUCUAACUCUAGAUGUCCUAAGAGGUUCCACACUAAAACUCUAUAGUGUACUUGCAUCUUCCAAACUGGACAGGUAACAUGAAGUACAGAAAUAGAGGUUUCUACAGAGAGGUUUUUUUUAACCUUUCCCCAUACAAACACCUUUUUUGUAUAACUAAAUGAUAACAUGGAAAUACUAGCCUUGUACAUCUCAAGGAGAUGUUUGGUAUAACUUUAUGAAGCUUAUUACUGCACAGAAGUUUUUGAAAACUACCUUUUCGCCUUGCUUGUCUGGUAAGCGGAAUGCAUGAGUGGAGCGAAUGAAUCCAGCAACAAUUGUGUUCAUUUUCCCCCAUGACCCUAUUCAGUGAGUGCAUUUAGAAUGUUUUAAGUAUGUAAAUGUAUUUGAAUGUACUUAGCAAAGUCACUUUAUAUAAACACAAUAGCCUCUUCCGUGCCUUGUAAUAUAUACUUUGUAAAACAUUAAUAAAGGGAGAUUUUAUGUA